AUGACGCUUUAUCUAAUCGGUCUACUAUUCACGGUCACGGUAGUUAUCCCCGUAACGAAUCGGCAUGUGAUGAAUCUUAACGAGUCUCCUGGUUUGCAAACCCUUGACGACAGCCAUGGCGGAAGGGUACGGUUGGGUACCGGGCGGAGAAUAAUCGGGAUGGGCGGAGUGGGUGGAGGAGGAGGAGGAGGAGGAGGAGGAGGAGGAGGAGGAGGAGGAGGAGGGGGAAGUGCUGAAAAGGAGGGUGAAAUAACGAAUGGUACAGUAACGAGUAAUGGGGAUCAAUCAGGAAGUGGCCAGUCGGGAACUCCACCGUCCGUGAAUACCAAUCGUAAUGGUAGUGAUAAUAGUGAAGGGGAAGGGAGCAAGAGAGAAACGACCCGAGAAAGUGGCGCUACUGCUGAGCUGAGAGCUGAGGAUGGCAAUUUGCAGGCUGGGAUUAACAAGGGGUUCAAUGUCGCUGAGAAUGAGAGUGUGAGGAAGAGAGAAGAAGAGGUCAGGAAGGAGGAGGAGGAGAGGAGGAAGAAGGAGGAAGAAGCAGAGAAGGAGGAGGACAAGGUGUUUAGAUUCGACGAUGAGGAGGAAGAGGAGGAGGAAGGGCGGGGAGGCGAGAAUCGACACGUAGGGCAGGGAGCUGGGCUGGUAGCAGAAUCUUCAGCACAAGGCGUAGCUGUCGUGAAUUACCCCUCAGUGGAGCGGGUGCGCUCCUGUGAGGGAGUGGCUGAGGACGACAUUGUGCUGCGCAAGCUGCUCUCCCCGACGCCCUUCAAGCUCACUCCCAAAACGCUCCCCGCCAACCUCGUCCUCUCGUUCGCGCUCGGCCUUUCCGCUGCCAACCUAUCAACACUUGCCACGUCAUUCAGAAAAUUCGUGCUAGAAGGAAGCAGCGGCAGUAGCAUUAGCGGUGGCGGAGGAGGAGGGGAUGGGAGUGACGGUGGGGGUGAGGGUGGGAGUGAGGGGGGACAUAGUGGCGCUCUGCUGGUGUUUUUCGUGCAGGAGUGGCCACAGGGGUGGAAGCACCAACCGGGGGUUGCACUGCAAACAUUCUGCUCACCGGAAGAAGGCAAGUGGGCAGCAGCGCAUGCCACCAACCUGCGCUAUCGUGCCUUCCACCUCUUCCUGCGCUCGCUGGACUUUGAGGGAACCGUCAUCCUCGCUGACCCUACAGAUGUUCUCUUUCUUGCCAAUCCUUUUCCUACACUCAACGACAUGUCCUUUCAUCUCUACACGGGCUCAACCACAUACCCAACACAUGGCAUCCGUUUCCUGCCUACAGAGCACAAGCGCCUUGCGGCAUGUUAUGGCACCCGCCUGGCAUUCUCGCUCGCAAACUCACGAAUAAUCACAUCCGGCUUUGUGGCGGGGACCAUGAGCCAGGUGCCAGAGUUUUUGAUACAGGUCAUAGAAGACUUUGAGAGGCUACCAGAAGAUUGUAUAGCGCUGGAGGGAAGCGAUGAAGCUGUUGUGAACCAUCUCGUGCGAUCAGGGCGUUUGAAAGAAGGUAUAGAUUUCUUGAAGAUAGAGGAUGCACAGCAAGGGAAUGUGUUGCAUCGGUUUAGUGCAGAAGACUCGUUUGAAGUGAAAGAAGGUGGGCGAGUUGUGAAUGCAAUGGGAAGGACCAUUGUGGCUAUCCACGGGUAUGACAAUUUUAUUGACUCCCAAUUGCUUGUAAAGGAUGUGAAUGGGCUGGCAAGCCUACAACCAUGA